AUGAAGGGAAUAGCCGAUCUGUUGGACUCAGACAUGGAAGAGUCAGCCAAUUCUAUCGAUGAGAAUUCCAUUCUCUCUUCCGUCUCGGACGCGACUACCACGAAGGAUACUCAAGCAAAGAAAGGCCGGAAGCGACAUAGAGUGACAAUGCCUGCCAAAUCAAAGUCGAAGACAACAGUUUCGCAGAGCAAGAAGGCGAUCUCGAAGCAGACCGUCCCGGCGAAGCGCAAAGCAGCAGACGAGGAGGUCAACAGCCGCGAUCUCCGUCUGGGGAACGACGCGCAGUGGUCCGAAACGGAGCAGCAAACUUCGGAACCCAAGCCUAUGAAACGCGUCCGCGGCCCUAGCAAAACGAAACCCGUCAAGCAAGCGAACGUGAUCCGGACGCAGGAUGUCGCAGAAGAAGAUGUUAUGGACAUGGAACAGCCAGCGACCGAAGCAGCGCGCCCGAUGCAAGCCUCGAGUGGAGACAACUCUGAGCCCGUCAAGGCUAGAAAGAAGGCUGCGCCUGCUAGGAAACCCAAAGUCGUGCAAGAACUUCAGACACUCGUAUCCGAAAUACGAAAAGAGACAACUGAAGAGGAAGAAGAAAAUACCGAACCACUGUUGACAGAGAAGGUAUCAAAAUCAAAUGUCGCACCUCGCAAUGUUUCACGACCACGACCGGAACCAACCUACAGGCGUCGAGCAGGGAGCGCAUCAGACACGGAAAGAGCAGACCCAAGUCUGCGGCGCAAGCUAGGUGAUGUCACUCGCAAGUUCGAGAAUGUCGAUUUGAAAUACCGUAACCUGAAGGAAGUCGGGAUUCAUGAAGCAAACACCAACAUGGAAAAGCUUCGCAGACAAUGUGACGCGACAAUGCAGGCGUCCAAUGAUCUGAUCGCGUCGCUCAAGAAAGAGCUUGCAGCACAAGCACCACUUGUUCAAGAAGCCCGAAGGCUGAAGAAGCAGAUGCAGAGCCAGGAGGUGGAAGUCAGCAGGAUGCGGGACGUCGUAACAGAACUCGAGAGUUCCCUCACUACAGCCCAGAACGAAAUCAAGGGUCUGCAAGCUAAGCUAGCAGCUGCACGAGCACCAUCGGUUGACACUGCGGCAUCGAAGCCUCCAGGAAGCGCCAUUAAAGGAAAGUCACAGCGGCCUGUUGUAAUGGGCAGUGCUGAAGCUGCACAAGCCGCUCAAUGUGCUCAGAUGAAGGAGGAUCUUUACAGUGACUUGACUGGUCUCAUCAUCCGUAGUGUCAAGAAGACCGAUGAAGGUGAUACCUACGAUUGCAUCCAGACGGGACGAAACGGCACACUGCAUUUCAAACUUUUCGUCGAUCAGGAAGAUGCCAGAAACGCCAGCUUCGAAGAGACGGAGUUUCUCUACACGCCUCUAUUGGACGCGAACAGAGAUCGCGAUAUGAUAGAGCACAUGCCGAGUUAUUUGAUCGAGGACAUCACGUUUGCACGGCAAAAUGCCGCCAAAUUCUACGGACGAGUCGUAGACACCUUGACGAAGAAACGAGCAGAAGAAUGA